AUGUCCGAUUGCCAGAUCACUCCACAACACUCGGUGCUGUACAACAUCGACAUAACGUACCACAUCAUGCAAUGCCUUGCCCCAGAAACCGAGUCGUUCUCCAAGGUCAUUCCGAGUCCACGCGAGAACUUGGGUACACUCGCACAAUGCGCCCGCACCUGCAAAUCCCUCGCCGAACCUGCAACGGCCUUACUAUGGAGAUCCCUGCCAUCGCUGAUACCGCUUCUGUCUAUCCUGUCUGGCUUUCAUAGCAUACGUGUGGACGGCGAGGAGCAGCAUAAAGCCAUGAUACAUAUUUCCGAACCAAAACUGUGCUGGACUAUCAGCGGGAAUAUCUCCGAUUCAGAUCGCGAGCGAUUCAUGCACUACGCUCGGUUCGUGUGGGCUCUCAGUAUCGGGAGUGACCACAUCCAUCGAUCCGUCAUGACUAUCCUAGUGGUCAACUUUGGCAGGGAAUUUCUGCCACGGCUGCGAUCUGUCAACUGCCAUUCGACGGCUUGUGCACAUGUGCUCCUUCCCUUCCUGACGCCUUCGCUCACGUCCCUAUACUGGGAAGACCGCAACUCCAAUGGCGACGCCAAGCUGGCAGUAUUCUCUGAAAAAAUCGCAUCGCAAAUCUCGACGUUAGCCCCCUUUCUCGAGGAGCUCAAUGUCCCUCGAUGCAACAACACGUCGGUCUUCUUUUCGUUUGGCAAGUUUGAACGAUUGCGCUCCCUGGACAUUUCGGGCACGCCACGAGUCCUUGGAUGGACCGUGCUUCAAGCGAUCGGAUCCCUCGAGUACCUCACCAGAGUUUCAAUACCCAGUGCGGUCAUUGGCUUCCAGCCUGGCGACCAUUGUCGAGGAUUUCAGGCGUUGACAGAUCUCACCGUCGCGCACCGCAUCCAGGGAACACAGCUACUGCGGUUGAUUACCCCUCCGAAGCUUCGACGUCUCAACUUCAGAGGUGGCCUGAGCCUCACCGACUUCUGGACUACAAAAGAGAUCCGCGAAGGGGUUGAAGUGUGCCUCAGCAAAUGCGCGGGGACAUUUGAAAGCUUCGUCAUCGACGAGUUCGAACCUCGCACCGUGGAACCGCUGCUCGCGACCGCAAUGUGCUUUUUCCACAUGAAGAAUUUACGGACGUUCUACUGUUCUCGAGGGAUGAAGACGAUGUCCUUGACCAACGAUGGUCUUCGUGCGAUGGGCAGGGCGUGGCCAUGUCUGGAGGAGCUGGUGGUAGACUGGUCAACUGCAAAUCGCUUGGAUCCGGACGAUCACGUCCCGUCGUUACAGGGCGUUAUCGACCUUGCUCACGCAUGUCCCAGACUUAAACGAAUCAGCCUAAGCUUCGUGCGUCUGGUGCUGGCUCCAAGAGAGGAUCCAUAUCCCGAAUUAGUACACGGGUUGGAGGAGUUGUCCCUGAGCAAGGCCAUUGUCCGGGAGCCGGUAAACAUAGCGAGGGUGAUCGACCGGAUGUUCCCCCGCGUAAAGCUGGACCCCGAGCAGCUGCAACCUGGGGAGAAGAUUUCCGACCUGUUUCGUGUGCUUCACCUUGAGAAGCGGGCUAGGCUGGCUGGCGAAUCUUGA